ACGAGUUGAAGAUGAAGCCCAGAGCAGAGUGCUGUUCCCCCAGGUUCUGGUUGGUGCUGGCUGUCCUGGCCGUGUCAGGCAGCAGAGCUCGGUCUCAGAAGAGCCCGCCCAGCAUUGGCAUUGCCGUCAUCCUCGUGGGCACUUCAGACGAGGUGGCCAUCAAGGAUGCCCACGAGAAAGAUGAUUUCCACCAUCUCUCUGUGGUGCCCCGUGUGGAGCUGGUAGCCAUGAAUGAGACGGACCCAAAGAGCAUCAUAACCCGCAUCUGUGAUCUCAUGUCUGACCGGAAGAUCCAGGGCGUGGUGUUUGCUGACGACACAGACCAGGAAGCCAUCGCCCAGAUCCUUGACUUCAUUUCAGCCCAGACUCUCACCCCCAUCCUGGGUAUCCACGGGGGCUCCUCGAUGAUAAUGGCAGACAAGGAUGAGUCCUCAAUGUUCUUCCAGUUCGGCCCAUCGAUUGAACAACAAGCUUCCGUGAUGCUCAAUAUCAUGGAGGAGUAUGACUGGUACAUCUUCUCUAUCGUCACCACCUACUUCCCUGGCUACCAGGACUUUGUAAACAAGAUUCGCAGCACCAUCGAGAAUAGCUUUGUGGGCUGGGAGUUAGAGGAAGUCCUCCUGCUGGACAUGUCCCUGGAUGAUGGAGAUUCUAAGAUCCAGAACCAGCUCAAGAAACUUCAAAGCCCCAUCAUUCUUCUUUAUUGUACUAAGGAAGAAGCCACCUACAUCUUCGAAGUGGCUAACUCAGUAGGGCUGACUGGCUACGGCUACACGUGGAUUGUGCCUAGUCUGGUGGCAGGGGACACAGACACAGUGCCCUCGGAGUUCCCCACCGGGCUCAUCUCUGUGUCCUAUGAUGAAUGGGACUAUGGCCUCCCUGCCAGAGUGAGGGAUGGAAUCGCCAUCAUCACCACCGCCGCUUCCGACAUGCUGUCCGAACACAGCUUCAUCCCCGAGCCCAAGAGCAGCUGUUACAACACCCACGAGAAGAGAAUCUACCAGUCCAAUAUGCUGAACAGCCACAUUGGCAGCGCUUAUAAAGGGUACCUCCUGUGA